UGCGCGGGCUCGGCGGCGGCGAGGCGGCGGCGUGCCCAGGAGGAGGCAGAAUGGAGGUCCUGGAGGAGAAGGAGGAAGAGGAGCAAAGAGAAGAAGAAGAGCUGAAGGCUUUGGAGAUCAGUGAUAACCUCCAGGACGUGGAAACAAAGGUGUCCGUGGAGCAAGUCUGCAUCCCAAGUGAUGUACCCUCCACUGACAUGUCCCAGUUACCAUCCUCGUACAAGACAAACUCCCUGAAGGAAAAGAAGCUGCUGCACAUUGCUGACCAUUUCCUCCAGCAGUACGCUCACCUUUGCCCUGACCGCAAGCCGCUCUUCCUCCACCGGGUCAACGAGUGUGGCGUGGAGAAGUUUGUGAGCACAACGGUGAGGCCAACUCUGCUGCCUUACGCAGAGCUGUACCACUGGGAUGGCUGUGCCAGCUUCGUCUCUGAUUACCUCACCAUGGAGCCCCUCGAGUCCCCUAUCACACCGCCCAGUUCACUCUAUUCCCCAACCACCAUCUUGAAAUACCAGCGAGGGAACUGCUUUGACUUCAGCGUGCUGCUGUGCUCCAUGCUGAUUGGGGCCGGGUAUGAUGCCUACUGCGUGCACGGGUAUGCCACCCGUGAGAUAUGCACCCUGGACGAGACUCUAGAACUGUGCCCACUGCUCAGGAAGCCACAGGAGGUACCAAAAGAGGGGAUGAAGAAGUCCAACAAGUAUAGGGUUAAGCCCCCACCGGACCUGCAGAGCAAGUUUGAGCUUCAGCAGGAGGCCAAGAAGAAGGCAGAAACUGAAGCUGCUCCAAAGAACAAAGAAAGAGAAGAGGAGAAGGUUACGGAAGUGGAAAAGCCUGAGCAUGACCCUUUGCAUGGCUUACGUGUGCACGCAUGGGUUUUGGUUCUGUCUGGGAAGAAGGAUGUUCCCGAGACCUUCUUCAUCAACCCCUUCACGGGAAACAGCCACAGCACCAUGGAUGAGUGCUUCCUUGGGAUCGAGAGUGUCUGGAACCACAAGAACUACUGGGUGAACAUGCAGGACUGCCGGAAUGGCUGCAAGGAUCUCAUCUUUGACUUGAGUGACACUAUCCGCUGGGAAAUUAUGCUUUCGGGGAGCAGCAAGCCUCUUCAGCUGCUCUCAGAUGCUGAGGAGGAAAAGGAGUUUGCGGACAAGGAGACGGAUGAUACGCAGGAAAAGGAGGAGGAAGACAUGAGUUUUGACAUGCCACCAUCGUGGGUAGCCCCAAUUCAGAUAUAUCCCAGAGAGUUUGAGACCCACUGUUCCGAGGGGAGGAAGGUGAUCCUGUACAAGAAAGCAAAACUGGAGAAAUGGGCACCGUACCUGAAUGGAAAUGGGCUGGUGAAACGCCUCACCAUCUACGCAGACUUAGACUGUACUGAAGUGGUGGAGGUGAGGGAGUGGUUCAAAAACCGAGAAGACAUGUUGGAUAUGAGAGAAGUGAAUAAACAGACACAGCUGACCACAGAUUACUUCAGCCCAGGACACCUCCUCAGUCUUAAAGCUUACACCUAUAUGUCCCUGGAACCAGAGACUGAAUACACAAUGGAGUUUUACAAUGAGGCGCGAGUCGAUGGCCUCCAGAAACGUGUUGAAACUGCUAAUGAGAUGACGGAGUACUUCGCGGGGCGGGAUGACUUCCUGCACGUCCGGUACAUGGAGUUUGGCAAAAGAGGAAAGAAAAUACACUUGGCUGGCACCAGAACUGACAUUAACUCCCGGCCUAUAGUGCAAAUCAAGGAGUGUUUCCACAGAAACCCAGAAAAGCCUGCUGAUGAAGAUGUAGCGGAACGUAUCUUUCUGAUCAGAGAGGACAUGAUCCAACUGACAUAUCACCUCAAGGAUAAAUAUAUUACUGCCUCAAAGAAGGAUUUUUUCAAAGCGGCAGAGGGGGAUAGGAAAGGAAAUGAAAUCGUCAUGACCCCAGAAAUGUGCAUCACGUAUCAGGCGGGGUCCUCUGAGAAAGAAGAGAAGCUGCUCCAUCUGUACGAACUGUUGCUGGAGCUAACGGCAGAAGAGAAGCAGCUGAAGCAACAAGUCCGGCAGUCUGAAGCUGAGGCGUUAAAGAUUUUGAAGAUCCGUGAGAAUGAAGAAACUAAUGUUAAAUUGACGGUUUCGAUUUAUAAUACGGAGAGGAAUGAAAAGAGAAGACAACAGUAUGAAGCCAUGAAGAACACAACGGAGGAUGAGCUCUGGGGUCGAGGGGAACAGGAUCUGGAUUACCUGGAACCUUUUCUUAUUCAAGUAGGCCACAGAGAGAAGAUGACCAAGGGACAGGCCCUGCGUGUCAGAGAUGACUGCCUGACUGAUUUAAAGCAUCGUCUCAUUAAUAAAGCUAACAUCAUCCAGGCUCGCUUGCAAAAGGCGGCGGAAGAACUGCAGAAGAAGGACCAGUGGUUUCAGCAAAACCAGAAUCGGCUCAGUGCAGAGGAGAAGGAUGACUUCCUCGCCCGUCACUCUGAAACCACGUUCCAUAUCCAGAUUCUAGCACUGAGGCUUAACAGGGAAAAGCAGACAGCACCACAGAAAUACCUUGCUCUCGAAGAGAAGCUGCGCAGGGAUCCUCGCCUGGCUGAGCACUUUGGUCAUACCUGAUUUCUUUAUUCCUUCCACUGGAAAUCAGUGCUGAAGCCUGUUAGAAGCAGCCUGAGAAAAAAACCAUGGAGUUUUCCUACUUGACCGCAGUAAAUCUUUCAUUAUCAUCAGAUUAAUGGAGAUUUUAAUGGACUUUUAGCAUUCCACUGUAUUUUUCUUUCCCCUCUUUUGUUUUAAGGCCCAUCUACAAUUACGUCGAUUGUCUUCUUGCGCAAUUCCGUCAUGUUUGAGACUGAAGUCUGAACGAGACCUUAGCUUUAAGGUCUGCCUCAGACAUUGCUACAAAUUACGCAUGCUGUAUCGCAGAGCUUUUCUUCCCCAAACCUGCUGACAUCAGGAGCAGGAUUAUUUGGGAAUACCGGUUCUUUUCCAACAUAAUAUUUUAACAAAUUUAUCAUUUAGUUUUAUAAGUAGCACAAGCAAAGAUUUUGAACUUAUGACCUCAUUUAGAGCUCUACAAAACUACAAAAACCCAGCAAAAACUAAUACUCAAAUUUACAAACUUUGGAUUUUAACAUCUUUAUUUUUCUCUUUGAAUAUCUCCACUCGCUGUUCACAAACAUUGGCAGACAGGGUAAAAUGUCAAGAGGACUUCCAAAUCCAAGAAAUCUUAGGUAAUUAAGUGUUUUGGUUGAUAGGCAUUCCCUGAGAUCCGCAAAUGGAAGUGAGAACGUGUAUGCCAUGC